AUGAAUAAUUGUUUCAUUGAUAGUUUAUGUACGACUAGUAUUUCAUCUCAUUGUGACCAAAGAUGUGGUCGACAGAUUCAUAUUCCAUCUAAUAUUCCUAUAUAUGACGGUCAUAUACACCUUAACCAAACUCUAUCAAAAAUUCAAUCUGAUUUUAUAUGUGCUCAAUUAAAUCCACCUAUACGGGAAUUUUAUUUUAUAAAUAAUAACCACAAGCCUGAUGAAUGGCUAAUUCCUCAAUCCAAUCCUUUCUCAUCUCAUGUUCAUAUAUAUCCUACCGUUGGUAUUCAUCCCAAAUACUUUAAUUCUCAAUCCUUAUAUAAAGUCUUAGAUAACAUGAGAAAUCAUCUCGAAAUUUCUCAUAAUAAUACCAAUUCAAAAAAUAAAAUUGUUGCAGUUGGUGAGUGUGGACUAGAUGAAACCAGUAUUGCCCCUAUCGAGCAACAAAUAUUCAUUUUUGAAAAACAAAUAGAUUUUGCACUUCAAUUUCAUCUUCCCAUCGUUCUUCACUGUCGUGGUACUCAUCUCUAUAGCCAAUUAUUUCAUUGUUUGAGAAAUCGAGUAUCUAAUACAAACUUAAAGUUUCAUUGGCACUGUAUAAACAGCAAUUCUGAUUUACGUAUUAUUGAUAUGUUUCUAAAUCAAUUUCCUAAUUCAUAUAUAGGUCUCAAUGGGUCUAUUACAUAUGAAAAAAAUAGUGAAAAUUCUAUUUUAUUUAAUAAUUGGUUAAUAGAUCGAUCUCCAUUUCUUCCUAAUAGAUUAAUAUUAGAAACCGACUAUCCAUACCUUCCACCUCGAAAUCUUUAUAAUCUGUAUGAUCCAUCAUGUGCAAUACUUGCUACAGCCUUAUAUCUACAGAAUAUGAUAAAAGAUCCUCGUCAAAGUGUCCUGUCCUUCCUCAUCUCAUCUAACUCCAACGUAAAGUCGAUGUAUGGCUUGUAA